AUGUUUACUACUUUGAGGCGUUUUAGCGUUCAUUCUAAACACCCGAAGUUCGGCUUACUAAUCGACAUAGAUGGUGUCAUAUUGCAAGGAAAUGUGGUGAUUCCAAAAGUGCUUGAGACUUUCAAAAAGCUUACGUCUUCAACUGGGAAAUUCGUUUUGCCUACGGUUUUCGUAACGAACUCCGGCAACCAGCUGACGAAAGAAAAGGCUGCACAGUUGAGUAAAUGGUUGGGAAUAGAGGUGGGAGAAGAUCACCUGGUUUGUUCCCAUGAUCCGUUCAAAUGUUACAAAGAAUUCCAUGAGAAGAAUGUCCUUAUCACCGGGCAAGGUCGGGUGAAAGAGGUAGCAAGAUCGAUUGGGUUCAAGAAAACAUUGACUAUUGAAGAUUUAGUGAAGGUGUUUCCGAUGCUGGAUGCUGUAGAUGUGUCUAGAAGAGUGAAUCGAACAAUUCCUGAUGUUGAGUUUUCACCUGUUGAAGCUAUUGUGAUGCUUGGAGAACCCAUCAGGUGGGAAUCUUCUCUUCAACUUCUCUUGGAUGUUCUUUUGACCAAUGGAGACCCAAGAAGACACGAUGUAGAUUUUACCCCUCAUCUACCUGUGUUGGCUUGCAACAUGGAUCUUCAGUGGAGAUUCACAGCGGAAAUUCCAAGAUUUGGUCACGGAGUUUUCCUUCACUGCUUGGAGAAUGUCUUCGAGAAGAUCACCGGGGAUGAACUUCAAUACAGAGUUUUGGUCGGGAAACCCGGCGUUGUCACUUACAAAUACGCCCUCAGGUUGGUUGAGAAACAGGCUGAAGAACUUGGAAUUGGAAUAGAAAAUCUCUACAUGAUCGGAGACAACGUCAACACGGAUAUUCUUGGUGGGAAUUUGUUCAAUCGUCAUCUCAAAGAAAAAGUCACUUUUGACUCUUGCAUCGAUGUUGAAAGUUCUGUUAGAAAUUGCUACAGUGUUCUUGUGAAAACUGGAGUGUCUUCUGAAGAUCUUGAUAACUGCCAAAGAAACCAUGUCCACAGGGAAUUUUUGGGAUGUGAUAAGAAUCUGUGGAAGCCUACGUACGCUGUGCAAGAUUUCAGCGAUGCUAUCAAUUUGAUAUUUAGGGUAGAGAAUUUUUGUUAG